CCCAGUGGAAGCUGGAGGCUGAGUGUGGAGCUGGGGCAUCCUUGUUUUGUUAACCACCGACCCAAAACCAGUGAGGAAAAAAAGAGAAAAAAAACCAAAGUCAAAGCCGUUUAUGCUGAGCUUCUGAGCAGAUAUGGGAUGCAGGUGGGGAGGGGUCGCUCGUCCAUCACUGAGUUAGCUGACUCCGGCUUUUAUAUUUCAACAAUACGUGCAACACUAUGGCUAAGCAGUACGAUGUGCUCUUCCGACUCCUGCUUCUCGGAGAUUCUGGGGUUGGGAAAACAUGUUUGCUAUGCAGAUUCACGGACAACGAAUUUCACCCAUCUCACAUCUCCACCAUCGGGGUCGACUUUAAAAUGAAGACACUACUAAUAGAUGGUAUCAAAGUUCGCAUACAGAUAUGGGACACUGCGGGCCAGGAAAGGUACCAGACCAUCACUAAGCAGUACUACAGACGAGCGCAGGGGAUCUUCCUGGUAUAUGACAUCACGAGUGAGCGAUCUUUCCAGCACAUCAUGAAGUGGGCCAGCGACGUGGACGAGUACGCUCCUGACAAGGUCCAGAAGAUCCUCGUAGGGAACAAGUCAGAUGAAGUGGACAAGAGGCAGGUGGCCACUGAGCAAGGCGUCAAGCUGGCCAAGGCUUAUGGAAUGGACUUCUUUGAGACAAGUGCCUUCACCAAUCAUAAUAUAACAGAGACUUUUACACGACUGGCUGAGCAGGUGCUGGCAGCCAACAAAAAGGACCUGGAUCUACUCCGGAUGUCCGUCAACGACGAGCUCAAUCUCACUGCUCUGGAGGAAGAGGAGGGACUCUGUGACAGUGCUGCUGGCGACCAACGCAAAGGCUGCUGGUGUUAGAGGAAAACCUUGAAUCCUGACUGAACAUAUGUCACACAUGCCACACACUUUGCACACUCCUGGAAAAAUGUGUUUCCUUUUUCUUUUCUUUUUUUCUCACCUGAGGAUGAGGCUCACGUGUCUGUAAUUUUGAUUUCAGCUAGGUUUCAUCUUAGUAUUUUAAUUUAGUUUGGUGGGGCAGGGUCAAAAGUGCCAACAAGUCACUUGAGAGCAGUUUUAAGGGUCAAGCGAGAAAUAUUUUGCUGAACAAAGGCUGUUUGCCUCCUUGUAACUGAAUGUUCACCAUUUUCUGAACAGUUUAGCAUGUCUUUGUAACCAAAUGUGAUCUCUAUCCACUGCAAAUUUGGCAAUGGACACAAAACUUCUAAAAGGGGUGAAAAUGAAAAUUUGAUAAUGUUUUCUUUAUAAGCUACACAGGUGUAGAGUACAGAGGAAUUGGUUGAAAUCCUUUUUUUUUUACCUUUAAAUGCUUUAGAUCCAGUACAAGAAAUUACCACAAGAGGGUGCUAUAUGCAUUGCAAAAACAGCACUCGAGAUGUCCAGCGGUCAUUACAUCCCUGUUUUUCUUCUUCUUCCGUUUGUUUUUGGUUUUAUUUGCACUUUCAGUGGCUUCCUUCAACGGAGCGAAAUGAUUCUGAAUAUAUGCAUCCACUUUAUUGCAUUUUGUUUGCAUUGUUUUCAUGCAUAUCAUGACUACAGAGGAAGUGUUGCAGCUUGUAAUAUUAUCUAAGUGGUCUGAUUUACCAGUCUAUGGCGAGGGAAACAUUGAGAGCAAAAUAAUAUAGUUUCCCUGUAGCAAACAGAAGGUAUUUUUAUUAUUUUAUAGAGUUUGUUUAUAGAAGAAACUAUAGUACAGGUGGAUCGCUGACUGCUUAUUGCAUUGUACAUACCACGUUUUUAAAAGCAAUGUAGAUUGAUAGACUCAUGAGCAAGCGUAUGUCAUGAACUUCACUGUAGAGGGCUGUAUAAAAAGUCCACAUGGGUAUUCUCGAUGGUCUAAAAUAUUCCCUUUGUGAAGAUAAUAAUGUAUCGAUUAUUUUGUUCUUUUAAUAGAUGUUUUGUACAGAGUUCAGUGGAGAUGCCUUUUCUUUUGUUUGCUCACAGAUUUAACAAAGGACAAAUGAGGGUUCUGCAUGCGUUUCACACUCCUUUCCUUUCUUUUUAUUGUAACUUCAAUGAAGUUAAUAUUCACCUAACCGUAAUAUAAGUGAAGCAUUUGACCAGAGUUGCCUGUUUGGAGAGUAGACACAGAAAGAUGAACUUUGGCUACAUUUUUUGCAACUUAGUAUUACUAAAUGCUACUCAAAACAAUUGUUAACGUGUGCAACAUGUGAAGCGGCGGUAUGUCGUGGCGAAUUGUGUUCUGGACUACACUCUAGAUACACAACUUAUCUGUGUUGUUUUCAGGAACUUUAUUUUUCUCUUUCUUUCAGACUACUUUAAUUGCAUUUGUGUAACUAUAUUACAUGCAACAUGUUAACCUUGAAGAAAUGAUGUCUGAUGUUUAUGAGUAAAUACUU